AUGGAUCUCGAAACGGAACAAAACGAGAAGAAGAAAUCCUUCAGCUACGGCGAAAUCUUCCGUCAAGAUGGAGGCUCAAUUUUGCUCCUUCUUCUUCUUUACGUUCUUCAAGGUGUUCCACUUGGACUUGCUGGCAGUAUUCCCAUGCUUUUGCAAGCUCGAGGCGUUUCGUACAACGAUCAGGCCCUCUUUAGCGUCGAUGAUCUCCUGGAAAACGGAAACGUUUUCAACCUCACUGCCGCUUUCUUUUUCCUCAAUUUCUUCGCCGCGACGCAAGACAUCGCCGUCGAUGGCUGGGCCCUAACGAUGCUCUCGAAAGAAAACAGAAAUUUGGCUUCGACUUGCAAUAGCGUCGGUCAAACCGCUGGGUAUUUUGCUGGAUACGUCAUCUUUCUCGCGCUGGAAUCUCCUGACUUUGCGAAUGCUUAUUUCCGAAGCGAACCGCUUGAUACUGGACUGUGCACUCUCCCGCAAUAUCUGUAUUUCUGGGCGAUCGUUUUUGUGAUCACUACAACUUUCUUGAUCUUCAAAGAAGAAAAGCCAGAAGACGAGAAAAUUGACGGUGUCAUGGAAACUUACAAGCUUUUGAAAACUGUGCUCAAGUUGGACAUCGUCAAACAAUGGGUGAUGAUCAUCCUCACUUGUAAAAUCGCCUUCGCGGCUGUUGAUGGUGUAACAACGUUGAAAAUUCUCGAUGCAGGCGUUCCGAAAGAAAAGCUGGCAAUGUUGGCGGUCCCAAUGACGCCAGUGCAGAUCAUUUUACCGAUCUUUUUGACUCCACUGACGAAUGGAUCCAAGCCUCUCAAAUUGUGGAUCAAUUCGUAUUUGCCGCGAGUUCUGAUCGGACUUGGAAUGACUGCGUUUGUUUUCUACACACCUGCCAUUCUCAAGGGACAAGAGCCCGGCCUUGGCUACCUAGCCGCGCUAAUGGGAAUUUCUAUUCUUCAUCAGCUCACGAUGCACUGUAUGUUCGUUUCGAUCAUGUCUUUUCACGCUCGAGUUUCGGACCCUUCUAUUGGCGGUACUUACAUGACUCUGUUGAAUACUGUUUCAAAUAUGGGCGGAAACUGGCCCGUUUACUUUGCUCUUCGAGCAGUUGAACCACUUUCCUCCAUCGGUCUUGGCGAUGGCUACUACAUCGAAAGCUCCUUAUUGGCGAUUUUCGGCGUCUUCUGGUUCAGCAUAGCAAAACCAAAGCUGGAGAAGCUCGAGAGUCUCGACCCAGCUGUUUGGGCUGUGCCUAAAGCUGUCCAGAAGUCAGACUAA